CAUGCAAUACCAAGAAUUUUCAUCACACCAUAUCCAAACACCAUGAACACCAUUACAAACCCCACAACCCUCUUCCACCCCCAAAUCACCAUCUCCCACCGCCGCCACAGUCACCCACUCCCACCUAUAAAAGCCACAUUCUCUGGUGAAGAAGCCCAAACCCACCGCCGGAAAUUCAUCAUAACCACCUCCAUUUCACUACUUGCAUUAAACAACCUUAAUGUCCAGGUAGCAUCAGCCGAGAGCUGGGGCACAAGAUCGUUCAUAAAGGAACGAUUUUUUGAGCCGGGGUUGUCGCCGGAGGAUGCGGUGGCUCGAAUCCGGCAGACGAGGGAGGGACUGCACAGCAUUAGGAACAUGUUGGAGACUAUGUCGUGGAGGUAUGUGCUGUUUUAUAUAAGAUUAAAAGCGGCUUAUUUAAAUCAGGACUUGAAGAAUGCGAUGUCAAUAGUACCAGAACCCAGAAAAAGUUCCUACGUUAAAGCUGCUAAUGAGCUGGUCAAUAACAUGUCUGAGUUUGAUACUUAUAUUCGGUCACCAAAGGUGUACGAAUCUUACUUAUACUAUGAGAAGACAUUGAAGUCGAUUGACAAUCUUGUUGCUAUACUAGCAUAGUGAAUUGCACGCGUUUGAUUUUGUUUAUAUGAUGUAAAAGUGAACAUAUAAGUAAUAGAAAGUUCAAACUUUGUUAUAUUUCA